AUGGAUUACACACACUACACUCAGGAUGGACGGGCUCAAUUUCUACACCCUUUUUCUUUUUGCAACAAAGCUAACAUUCGGUUUAUCAAUGUGGGGUUUUCUGUCACACAUCAAAUGGAGUCUUUUCCUGAAAUACCGUUGGUUGAACUUUCUCUGGGCUGCUGGACUGGAACUGGAACUGGACUUUACUGGACUGGGAUUACAAAGCAUUGUGUCAACUUUUUCCAGCGCGUGUGCUCGUGCUUGCGAGAUUUUCUGAGUGCAGGCUAUGCAUUGCUGCAUGUCCUGGACACGGUCGAGGAAUCGAAGAACUUUUGGAAUGCGGUGGAAUGGCGGUGUUAUGAUUACCUACCUGACCUGGAAUACAGGGUGGUGAGGGUGCCUGCUAGUAGGGUUGGGUAUAUGGUGCUGCCGUCGGAGUUGGUUUUUCUCCCGGGGUGAGUAAUGGGACGGGUGAUGAAUGACAGAAGUUGGUAUUCACAGAGUUUUGUGGUUCUUGUGUUUCUAUCUCUGUUGUUGUGGCACUGAAAUGUAACAUUUAGCAUGUAUCGAUGUAUGUUGAGGAGUAAAUAAACAGGUUGUUGAUGGACUGAGGAUGUUUGCCAGCACAAUUUCAGGGGUAAAUAGGGG